GGGACACCUCUCUGUCGUUUCACCGCAAAGAUUUUCGUGUGCAUGACUGAAGCGAUGGCCCUGAGCGGGAACUGUAGGACUCACCCCCCCAGCAAGGAGCAGGGCUCUGUGCACAAUUCGUUCCCAGACGUCAUAGAGCUCAACGUCGGGGGGCAGGUGUACUACACUCGCCACGGCACUUUGACCAGCAUCCCCAACUCGCUGCUGGGGAAGAUCUUUUCUUCCAAGAAGGAUCCGUCUAACGACCUGGCCCGCGACCCCAAGGGCCGCUACUUCAUAGACAGGGAUGGCUUCUUGUUCAGGUACGUGCUGGACUACCUCAGGGACAAGCAGGUGGUCCUGCCCGACCACUUCCCGGAGAAAGGCAGGCUCAAGAGGGAGGCCGAGUACUUUCAGCUGCCCGAGCUGGUCAGGAUACUGACCCCCGAGGACCUGAAGCAAAGCCCGGAUGACUACUUCCACAGCGACCUGGAGGACGCUUCCCAGGGGAGCGAUCAGAGGACGUGUCCUCCGGCAUCCCUGGUGCCGGUCAGCAGAAAGUACGGCUUCAUCACGGUGGGUUACCGGGGCUCGUGCGCCGUGGGCAGGGAGAGCCAGAGCGACACCAAGUUCCGGCGGGUACCGCGGAUCCUCAUCUGCGGGAGGAUCGUCCUGGUCAAGGAGGUCUUUGGCGAGACCCUGAACGAGAGCCGUGACCCGGACCGGCCUCCUGAGCGCUAUACGUCCCGCUUCUAUCUCAGGUUCAAGCACCUGGAGCGAGCCUUCGACAUGCUGUCCGAGUGCGGCUUCCAGAUGGUCGCGUGCAACUCAUCUGUGACCGCAUCCUUAGUCAACCAGUACGCGGACGACAAGAUCUGGUCCAGUUACACCGAAUACGUCUUCUACCGCGGGCCCUCGAGGUGGUCGUCCCCUCACUGCGACUGCUGCUGCAAGAGCCACAAGGGAGACCGCGAGGGUGAGAGCGGCACUUCCUUCAACGAGCUGUCCAGCUCCAGCUCGGAGAGCCAGUCGGAGGCCAGCUCGCCCCAGGGCACGGUCAUCUGCGGCCCCGUGAGCCGCCAGUGCAACAUUCAGACUUUGGACCGACCGCCGAAGAAGGGCCCCGUGCAGCUGCUGCAGCAGUCCGAGCUGCGCAGGAAGAGCGACCUGCUGCGCACGCUUACGGCCGGCUCCCGGGACACGGGCGGCAGCGGAGGCGGCAAGAAGAAGCCCCCCAAGGAAAAGAUGACCAUCGAGGAGGAGCUGGAGAAGUGCAUCCAGGACUUCCGCCGCAUCAAAAUCCCCGAGCGGUUCCCCGAGAGGAAGAACAAAUGGCAGUCGGAGCUCCUGCGCAAGUAUCACCUCUGA